UGGGGGGGAGUUCCUGAAGUUGCAUUCGCUGCAGCCCAGGCUAGCAGCUGGGGGAAGAAACGAAGAAAGAAACGAGGAAGCGGACGGAGGGGGCCGCGGCCGGAGCACGAUGGUGGUGAAGAAAGUCUUCCACUGAACAAUCCAUCCUGAUGCGGCCAACCAGUUUCCUCACCUAUAGAUGAACUGGAGAAGGAGAUGUCAAACCAUUUCAGUACCUUGGACAAGAUGGGGUCACAAAGAAUCUGAAAAAACUAAACAACAACAGCAUUAAAAGAAGAGAGAUGAGAAGACAUUUUCUUCCCCUCCCCCAUUCUUCACAAAGGUGGAGAUCUUCAGGCAUUCCAAAGGCUCCCGGCCGUCUCAGAGCCCGAACUAGGAUCAGAGGGAAAAGUCUGGGUGGUGGCGGUGGAGCCCAUGCGGCGCCGUGCGCCAGGGAUUGGCUAUCCUGCUAAUCAAUCACAGAGGGGUCCGGAGACUGGAACCCGGAAUUAGGCGGGAGGCCAGGCGCCAGGGAUGGCCAGCAAGGAGACCGCUGAAGAGGCCACCCAGCCCCCUAAGAGAAAGAAGUUCACCAUCCCCCUGGAGGAGGCUCCGCCCCUGGAGGUAAAGUCCUUAUUUAAAUCCAGUCGGAGCCUGCCUUCCCCUGUUCCCUCUGUCAGUGAGGCAGCUCCAACCUAUGCUGACUAUGCCACAGCUAAGCUCGGUGCUGGAGGAGACGGGGCCAAAGCUGCUCCCCCAGGGGCCCAGCUCGAAGCAGAUCCAGGCCUGGGACCCUCUGGAGGUGACGCUGCCAACCAGGGCCCUCAGGGACCAAAACCUCCCACCAAGAGCAACAGCAUCACUGUGAGCCCCCGACAGAGGGGGAAUCCGGUCCUGAAAUUCAUACGGAAUGUGCCUUGGGAAUUUGGAGAGAUUGUCCCUGACUAUGUUAUGGGCCACAGCACCUGUGCCCUCUUCCUCAGCCUGCGCUACCACAACCUGCACCCCAAUUACAUCCAUGAACGUCUACAAGGGCUGGGGAAGAAUUAUGCCUUGCGGAUACUCCUGCUACAAGUAGAUGUGAAGGACCCUCAGCGUGCCCUAAAGGAUCUGGCUAAGAUGUGCAUCCUGGCUGACUGCACACUGAUUCUAGCCUGGAGCCCAGAAGAAGCUGGGCGGUACCUGGAGACUUACAAGUCAUAUGAGCAGAAGCCCGCCGACCUGCUGAAGGAGAAGCUCGAACAGGACUAUGUGUCAAGGGUCACAGAGUGUCUGACCACAGUGAAGUCAGUGAAUAAGACAGAUAGCCAGACGCUGCUGGCCACCUUUGGGUCUCUGGAGCAGCUGGCAGCCGCCUCUCAAGACGACCUGUCCCUCUGUCCUGGCUUUGGGCCUCAGAAGGCCCGAAGGCUCUUUGAAGUCCUGCACCAGCCCUUCCUGAAGGUGCCCUGACAACCAGGGUCUGCUGAGGCGGGAGGGCCCAGGGUGGACACCAAUAAAGCAUGGACGCCA